AUGGAUGAAAUGGUCCAUCUAACUUACAUCAAGGAUGAUCCGGAACUCUACAUAAAAGAAAGGCCUUUCAGUAUUCUAGCUGAACUUCCUGAAGGUUUUCCUGAAACCAAUAUCACAUACGAACUUGGACCCUUGCAAGUGAUCACGGACAUCCGUGGCUGGCAGAACGAAUUCAAUCUCGAGGAGCAUGGGUUUGCCUUUCGUACCUGGCAACCGCCGGCAGUCGUUUGGGACGAUGAGGAAGACAUUGACGAGUCGUAUGUCCCCGCCGUCAAGGAAUUGGUUCGAGAGAUGAUUGGAGAAGAUGUCGUGAGGAUAGAGCUUUUCGACUGGCGUCUUCGAAAUUCACAAUCUCGCAUGGUCAUCGACGAUCCGAAUAGUGAGAGUUCCCCCCAAAUGGUCAAAAUUGCACCGGCAAGAGUGGUUCAUGUUGAUCAGAGUCCCGCGGGGGUUUUCGAUCGCAUGCAUAGAUAUUUAGGAGAGGAGGCUGACGUCCUCGCCAGGAAAUAUCGCAUUCGACUGAUCAACGUCUGGAAACCGAUGGUGGAUGUUGUUGAGGACAUGCCUUUGGCACUAUGUGACGCACGGGUAGCAACCGAACAAGAUCUCGUCGAAGUCGACUUCGUCCUCGAGGACUACAACAGGAGAACUUACAUGGCAAAGUACACCGACCGAUUCAAGUUCUACUACAUGAGCCGAAUGACCAAGGAUGAGGUUAUCAUGUUCAAGGUCUUUGAUUCAGCCGACGUUGCGGCGAAGUACGUGCCCCAUGCGGCCUUCUCUCACACUCAUAUCCCACCCAGCACGAAGCCGCGGGAAAGCAUUGAGGUGAGGCUGCUCGUGAUGACAGAGGAAUAG